UUAAUGGUGAUGUUUGGCAUUCAAUUGAUUAUACAUUUUAGAUAUAUGUUGUUAUUAUAAAUAUUUAAUACCAAAGUCUCGCUUUAUAUUGAAUUUAUUUUUUCCCUAAAGUUUUUUUUUUAUAAAUACAUUUUAUUUACUACAGAGAGUUGUUUUUGUUAUUAUUAUUAUUACCAGACAUUUGCAGAGAAAAUUACAUUUUUGUUUUUUUGUUCAUUAAUUAUUAGUUUACAUAAUAGUCUACUGUAUUUAAAUUAUUCAAUAAUUAUUUUUUUAUAAAUAUAUAUUUAUAAACACAACAAUCAUUGAUAAUAUGUCGGCAAUUAUUGAAAAGGCCAUUACGAGAGCCCGUAUGGCAUUCGCCAGGAAUACCACCAAAAGUCUGGACUUUCGGGUCUCGCAAUUGAAAGCAUUAAAUCGUUUGCUCAGCGAAAACAAAGAGACAUUUGUGUCGGCAAUGAAAGAAGACUUUAAAAAACCGCCAUUUGAGACAAUGUUGGCUGAAGUGGAGUUCGUACAGAACGACAUCAAAGAUCAGUUGUUACACAUUAAGGAAAAUAUGAAACCGACUUAUGUAUCGAAAAGUAUACCCGUUAUGAUGGACACAGCAUUGAUACACAAAGAUCCAUACGGUUUGGUCCUUAUUAUCGGUGCCUGGAAUUACCCGAUUCAGUUGGCACUCUGUCCAUUGGUCGGUGCCAUAUCAGCGGGAAACUGUGCCAUUAUUAAACCAUCGGAGAUAUCGCCCAAUACGGCAAACGUUUUGGCCGAACUGAUUCCAAAAUAUCUGGACAAUGAAUGUUUUCAUGUGAUAACUGGAGGACCAGUCGAAACACAAGUGCUCCUAAAAGAGAGAUUUGAUUAUAUCUUCUUUACUGGUUCGACAUCUAUCGGUAAAAUUGUUGCCGAAGCGGCCGCCAAACACUUAACACCACUUACUCUUGAAUUGGGAGGAAAGAGUCCCCUCUAUAUCGACGAUACCGUUCCUAAUCUGGAAAUCGCUUGGAGACGAAUACUAUGGGGAAAACUGUUAAAUGCCGGCCAAACAUGUGUGGCACCCGACUAUAUACUGUGUACGACAAAAGUACAAAAAACAUUGAUAAAUGCGGCGGAAAAAAUUAUCAAAGAAUUUUACGGCGAAGAUCCGCAAAAGUCACCCGAUUUCUGUAGGAUUGUCAACACUAAACACUUUGAACGCGUGGCUAAAUUGAUUGACUCGAGCGGUAAGCCAGUGAUCGGCGGCCAAAAGGAUAACACCGAAAACUAUAUCGCACCCACCAUUUUGGUAGACGUCUCGCCUAAUGAUCCCAUUAUGAGCGAAGAGAUCUUCGGUCCGGUUCUUCCUAUUGUAAACGUUUCCUCAGAAGAAGAAGCCAUUAAUUUCAUCAACAAAGGAGAAAAACCGUUGUCUCUGUAUUUGUUUUCGUCAAACAAAAACACAAUUAAGAAGUUUUUGAACGAAACUUCUAGCGGUUCUGUUUGUGUCAACGAUUGUGUCUUUCAUUUAUGCGUGGACACUCUUCCGUUCGGUGGUGUCGGUCAUUCGGGUGUCGGUCGAUAUCACGGAAAGUAUUCGUUCGAUACGUUUACUCACGAAAAGUCUGUUCUGAUUCGUGGAUAUAAUCCAGUGUUGGAAGCGCUCGGAUCGAAACGUUAUCCGCCGUACAGCGACGGUAAGGCAAGAUUCAUGAGACACUUGUUGGCCAAACGCCGCGAUUUUACACCAAAAUAUUUGUCUCAUUAUGUGAUGUGUGCCGUCGGCGCCAUUACAGUACUGGCCAUACAAUCAUUUGUUGUUUAGAGAAAAAAAAGAAGAGUACAAUCCGUGUUAUAUUUUUAAUUUAAUUUUUUUUAAACAAUUAUUAUUGCAAUUGAAUUACGAUAUUUACAAAAUAUCUUUUUUUUAUUUGAUAUAAUUAAUUUGGCGCACAUUUUGUUUAGUGCAUUGAAGAUUUUUUUAUUUUAGUUUAUUUUAUUUUUUUAACACACAAUUCUAUAAUUUAUAUUUAUAUAUAUA